AUGCGGCCUAUUUUGCUGUCGGGCCAUGAACGGUCCCUGACCCAGAUUCGUUUCAACGGCGAUGGCGAUCUCCUGUUCUCCGUCUCGAAAGAUAAGAUUGUUUGCGCGUGGUGGUCCGCCAACGGCGAGCGUCUCGGAACAUACAACGGCCACCAGGGUGCCGUCUGGACUGUCGAUGUCAGCCCCAACACCGUCCUCCUCGCAACCGGCUCCGCCGACAACACUGUGCGGCUAUGGAACAUCAAGACUGGCGAAUGUGUGAAGAUUUGGGAGUUCCCUACCGCCGUGAAGCGCGUGGCGUUCUCCCCUGAUGGAAGCAAGCUGUUGGCCGUGACGGAAAAGCGUAUGGGUUUCCUGGGUACCAUUGCCGUGAUCGAUAUCAGCUAUGGCGAGAACCUCGGGGCUCAGGCGGAUGAGCCUAGCCUGCGCAUUACCUGUAACGAGAGCAAGGCGACUGUCGCGGGCUGGAGUUUCCUGUCCAAGUACAUUAUUGCCGGACACGAGGACGGUAGCGUCAGCCAGUACGACCCGAAGACUGGUGAUCAGCUGGCCAACGUUCAAGUCCACGAGUUCGACAUGCAGAUCAACGACAUCCAAUUUUCCCCCGACCGCACCUACUUCAUCACCGCCUCCAAGGACAAGUCUGCUAAGCUGCUGUCCGCUCGCGAACUCGCCAUCCUCAAGACCUACCCCGCCGAUACUCCGCUUAACUCCGCCGCUAUUACCCCGAAGAAGGAAUACGUGAUUCUGGGUGGUGGUCAGGCCGCCAUGGAUGUCACAACCACCUCCGCUCGCCAGGGUAAAUUUGAAGCCCGCUUCUACCACAAGGUCUUCGAAGACGAGAUUGGCCGUGUCCGUGGUCACUUCGGUCCCCUCAACACCGUCGACGUUCACCCGGCCGGUACAGCAUAUGCCUCCGGUGGUGAGGACGGUUACGUUCGUAUCCACCACUUCGACAAACCCUACUUCGAUUUCAUGUAUGAGGUCGAGCGGGAGCAGAUGCGGAAGUGA